CAUACAAUGCAUGAUGCAGUGGGGCCGGGCGCGUUCAUCGUGUACCGGAAGUGAAAAAUGAAUCAUGACGUCCAUGUACUCUGAAGUGCGGGGCAUAUUCUAUCAAAUGCUUCACUCGAUUAUCAUUCACAACCCAUUGUGACGGAGGCGAAAUAUUUCGCAGGACCAGUUUUUUCGUGAUCGAUGGUUGUUCGGCUUAUCGCUCAGGAAUCGACUGUAUUGAGGAAGUCAAGUUGAACGUGAACAUGGUGAAUUCGCUUGCGACAGUAUUAUUACGCUUCUUGUGUGCAUAGUGCAAACAAACAAGUUGGAGACUUUUUCCUCUUCCAAAAGAUGCUAUGUUGUGGGUUUCCAGCCAAUGUUACAUACAACAGUUAUAAUCACUAGCCCAGGAUUAUCAACAGUGGGAAGCCAUGCUGUGAAGAGAUCCAUUUACUGUCCUGUUAUUAUCAAGAGCAGACAACAGCUGAGAGCAGACCGAGUGCCAAACCCUUGGUGAAUUUGAUGAUUCCCGUGCCUUACUUGUGCAUCCUGUGAACUGUGAACUUUAAGAAUCAGCUACAUGCUUCCUGUCAGGCUCUGCACUCUGGAAUGAGUUCGCAUUCAAACUGUAUUUACGAUGGCAGAAGCCAGCCCUCAAGCUGUCCGUCUAGCUCCCCAAGACGCAAAUCCUCCCCUGUGAAUAUCUGCAGACAAGGUGCCAUCAGUCAUGGCGGGCGCUUCCGUCAUAUCCUGGAAAGCUUUAGACAAGCAGAUUCCUGUCCGUCUGCUUUUUAUCCAGUCUGUUCACCGAGUGUAACACCAUCGAGGGUUGUCCUUAGAAUGUCUGAAAACUCUCCAUCGCAGUCGCAUCACAUGCCCUGUUGGCAGCAGUCAACUUCUCCAUGUGCUGUUCACAUGAGUAUUGUAAGAAGUGCAGAAGAACUUGACUCAGGAGCCCAAGACCGCUUCAAGAUGCCAGUGCCUCACUCAAGGAAAGUCACAAAUUCUAAAGCAGAUUUGCAAGGGUCUCCUGGAGAGAUGCAUGCAGAUCUGACGUCACCAACUGACAACAGUAUGACUCCUGUAAACUCCCAGCCUUUGAGAAGUCUUUCCUCAGAUCCUGUGACUGUCAGACCAGUGUCCCCUCGCAUCCUAAGUCUAUGCAACAAAUUUGCCCCCGUAAAUACCUCCACAGAUUCCUACUUGAAUCUGCCAAAGACCCGUCCAAGAUCACUGUCUGCGUCUGGAUCCUUGACUACUGAGAAACCAGAUUCCCCUGUUUCUCCGUUGCUUACGAGACGGUCUGUUAGCCCAAAGCCCACAAAACUGUUACUUCCAAGUGAUUCAUCAGACUCGGAGAGUGGGCAAGCUUUGAGCACAACUACUCGAAAUCUGCUGUCCCCUGGAAACAGCCCAAGCAGCGGAUAUGGAAGUGGUUUCUAUUCUAGCAGCCCAAUGUGCCUGAGCCCACGAAGUAAUUCUCCCUCACUAGCCACAGAUUUGACUCAGAGCAGUGACAAAACGAGCCAAGACCACCUUGCUUUGCCAGAAGUAGAUGACAGAAGGUCAAUACGAACAUCAAGCCAAGAUAGCGGAGUUGCAAAUAUUUCUGUGGAAGGGGGCGCACAAUUGGAAGCCCAAGCACCUUCAGUCAGUGCAGCGUCAGCCACACAGGUGUCAGUAAUCAGCCUGACUGUACCCCACAGUAGACCCAAGAUACUCACUCGUUCCAGCAAUGUCUUUGAGAGCAUCGACCAAGGGGACUCAGCUUCGUCAGGGAGUAGAGAGCCGAGCCCACUCUCUCCUGAUGAAGGCUUCCAAGACAGUGACAAGACUGGCAGUUUUGACCCCGUGGUGGCCUCUUCCCCACAUGAACAGGCAGCCGUGAGAGAAGUAAAAAAGUCAAAGCUCACCAUCCGACUGCGAAGCCCUGGCAGUUCGGCAGACCAGUCGUCCCAGGAAUCAAACUCUCCUGAAGUGAUGCUACCAAACAGUUCAAGGUCCUUCCUUACUGUGGAGGAGCGCCGGCGUGACUUUGGUUACCGGUCAGACACAUUGCAGUCCAGUAUGCAAAGCUUUGAGUGCCUGCCGUCAGUCAUUGUCAGUGACCACUGCGAUGAAGAAGUUAGUAACAUUUCGUGGGAUGGUACCAUGGAUACGUCGGUCUUCACACCCAGCAAAUCAGCAUCCUCUGAGAUUGGCCUUACCAUCGAAGACAUCAAGCAGUCUGGGCCGAUCCGUAAACUGUCCAGUGCUAGCAGUGUUUCGUCGUUCAGCCAUGAUUCAUUAGAUGAUGACCUGACAGAUGAUAACAUUAACAGGGAAGAAUCUAAAAAGGCAAGCUCAUGGAAGAAGAUCAGAAACAUGGUACACUGGUCACCGUUUGUUCAGUCGUUCAAGAAAAAAUAUCCCUGGGUCCAGCUGGCUGGCCAUCAAGGCAAUUUUAAAGCUGGAGAAUGUGGCACCAUCUUGAAGAAGCAUACCCCAAAAGAACAGUGGGCCCUGCGGAAACUGAUGGCUGACAUCCUAAGACCUUACAUCCCAGAGUACAAAGGGAUUGUGGAGAAAAACUCAGAGACAGAAUAUGUGCAAAUGCAAGAUCUGCUUGGAGAUUUUGACAAUCCUUCUGUCAUGGACUGUAAAAUUGGAACCCGAACAUACCUUGAAGAAGAACUGAAGAAGGCUAGAGAGAAGCCCAAGCUGCGGAAGGACAUGUACCAGAAGAUGAUCGAAAUUGAUCCCACAGAGCCAACCUCAGAGGAGCACAGGCUCGGUGCCGUCACCAAGCCUCGCUACAUGCAGUGGAGGGAAUUCAUGAGUUCGUCUGCGACCCUAGGAUUCCGGAUAGAAGGUGUCAAGAAAGGAGACGGACAUUCCAGUCGAGACUACAAGACUGUACGGACAAAAGACCAGAUCAGUGAGAGCUUCAAUUUCUUUAUCAAUGGUGACCCAGCCAUUCAGACCAAGUACAUUCGCCGUCUGAAAGCCAUUCGAGCUACUUUGGAGUCAUCAGAUUUCUUUGCCAAACAUGAGGUCAUUGGAAGUUCACUUCUGUUCGUACAUGACAAAACCGGGAAAGCGAGUGUAUGGAUGAUAGACUUUGGCAAGACCACCCCUCUGCCUCCCUCAGAAACUAACGAUCACCGCACCCCCUGGGUGGAAGGCAACCACGAAGAUGGCUACCUGUUUGGCCUGGACAAGAUGAUUGAGGUGUGGUCUGACAUGACUCCCAGAAAGUGCCCCACCGAGACCAAUUCAGCUAAACCUUCGAAGAGCGAUCCCACCUCUGCCACCACUUCUGGUACCAAAGACACUCUGUCAGGGCCCAUGGACUCAGCAGCUGGGGAUGCAGACACUCCCAGCUUGCUUUCCCCAUCCUCUUCCGUCUCUAGUGUUCCCUCCUCUGUGCCCCCACCCCCUACAGUCACAGCAGCACCCUCAUAGCAUCGAGAGAGCAUGGAUUGGUCCAAGGUCACAGGUCAGAUCCUGGACCGAAGUCAGAGGUCAAAACAAGGCCAUUACUGGUGCAAACAGAAUGGUGUGAAAACCGCAUGCGUAAUUAUUUUCUUCAGGUGGGUGUCUGUUAGUGACCCAAAGUCUUUCAUGCUGCACACUGAGGUGUUUUGCACGGAUUUUUAUAUUACGGUAUAAUGCUAACUGCAUUUUAGGUAAGCGUUUUGGUUACCUCAUUGACUGGAUUUUUCAUUUGUAACAAGGGCAUUUUAAGUUACGCACCAAUUUUUACAGUGAGCGGUUUUUAAUUUAAUCCAUUUUUAAUUAGUCGUCAAUGAACACUUGGCCUUGAUGAAGGGAAAAUUAUACUUUUUUCGUUUUGUGGUUAGAUUUGGCUGAAAUCAAGUGUUUCUGCUUGACAAUUUCUCCUUUCAAUGUACUUUUGCACAUUUCUCUCAAAUGUUUACACAUCUAAAUUCCUGUUGGAGGAUAUUCGCACACUUCUAGCAAUGUUUAUGUGUGUUUGUGUAGGGUGGGAAUUUGAAUGCUUUGCCACACAGGACCUCCAAGCACAUUUUUCCAGCACAUAGAUUUACUGCAUCUCCAUUUCUCAGUACGCAUGUAGUGUGUUCCAAAUGAAAAGAUGUCAUGUAGCGGGAAUACUUGCAUAUGCAUUUCUUUUGGGAUGGGUUACUGUCUUCAAUAAUUUCUUUUUUUUCACUCCAAGUGUGUUUCACUGAGCUGCAUUUACAUGCAACUAACAUCAUUACCAGUUACAGCAGUUAUCCAAGAGUGCAGCUGCCAAUGACAAGCUUGUAGAUAAAGCAAAUCGUACUUUGAAACACAUACACAGACAAAAAGUUGUUAAAGAAUGUGUACAUUGAAAGAACAUUUUACCAUGCCCUCUUCAGUAAUUUGCAGUGGGUAAGAUCUACAAUACAUGUAUACAUGUUUAGCAAUUAUAAUCCCGAAGACCACACAAUAUGAUGACUUCUACCAGUGCAUCUCCAAAACCUCCCUAAUGACAGCUACCUGCUCCAAGCUGGAACAAGAGAGGGUGUGUUUAUUUAAAAUAUCAAUGACAGUCUUUUUGUGGGAACUCAUCAAUGGGCAUUUGGCUGGGGGCAUGCUGAGCAGAAGUGACCAUUUUGGAUUUGAAUGUACAUGUAUAGUCACUGCAUGUGCUUCUGUGUGUGCAUGAUAAGCCCGCUUGAAAAACUUCCCACCAGUCUGUUUCUUCUUUCACAGAGAGGAUGCGCUUGAACCAGAGGCAGAUUUAGCAAACGCACUUGUACAUGUACCUCUCUCACAGACACUAUGCAAAACUUAUUCCCGUAGUCUCUUUCACAAACAAGUGAGCCCAGUUGGCUUCAAAAGAAGUUUCACAUAUCUUGGGAUAUUUACACAAAGAUGCCUGUCUUGAGUAGGAUACACUACAUGUUUUGAUACAUGAGCACAGAAUUCUGUUUUGGGGUUUUAGGGUGUUCAUAAAAGUUGUUAACUUGUUUUUCUUGUAUAAAAAUACAUGUACAGUGGGACCUCAGCCCUGCAUUGUGAUGAAUUUCACAACUAUGCCAUUAAAAAGAUGUACCUUGAAAACUCAUUUCCAGCAUCUGUUCUGGAAUGUGCUAAAUCAAUGCUUUUGUGGCUGCUACAUGUAAAUCUGUUGGGGAUUCUGAAGUAGCACAAAGUGAUGCUUGCAGAUUUGGGCUGAGUUUUCAUCCUGCAGCCGGUGAGCCAUUUCAAUGAGGGAUUUUUGGAAAAGACAUGUACAUGUACAGUUUGUUCGCUUCACUUCAAGAUAGCUAAGCAUCCUUUGAAAACUAACAAUGCAUUUAGUGUCAGUGUCUUAAAGGUUUGGGAGGAAGAUACCCCCAAAGUGGAUCCGGGGGGAGGGGGCAAACCAACAUUAUAGACAGUCAACCCUUGGACUAAAAACUUGAUUUCAGGGAAUGUGGCCCUAUUAGUUUUAUUGGAGCUGGUACCCAUUGUUGUGGAGCUCUCUUGGUCAUGAUUUUCAUGCUGCCUUACUUUGCCCCAUCCCACCCUUGUGGUCAGAUGGGAUGUGGGCAAGUCUCUCAACAUGUGCAGUUCUUACACUGAGUUGAUGUCUUAUGUUCCCUGGUCCACGCAAGGAAUGGCACACUUGUACACAGUAUGUAAACUGGGGCACGCUGCUCCAGAAUGCGAUUGGAGAAGUCACUGUUAAACAUUUGAGCGAUGACCGUUUGUUGACUAGUGAUCAGGUUUUCCUGGUAGCCUGUGCAUGAGAUGUCCUGGGUACCAGGCAGCAUUGACCCAGUGGUUGACAAAUGGUCAUUGGCAUCACUUUAUUUAAACUUGUCCUGGAUUGUCUGUGAACCAGCUUGCAUGUGUCUGUGCCAGCAAGUUGUGAUGGCUAUGUUGGAAAAGUUUCCUUUUGUCAGCUUCUUUCUUUGUUUUGAACUCCUAGCAUGCAUGUUAAUGAGAUUAACUCUGUAGAGAGUCGUAUGGAAUAUUCUUUAAGGUGGAUUUUAAGACCCAAACAUUCUUUCCCUCCACUCUAGUCUAGGUUCCUUGUUUGUAGUCCUGAGGCAGCAGUGUUUUAUAGGCCCAGCUCCAAUGUUAAAGUGCUGGUUGGCACCGAGGCCUCACAUACCCUGUAGAUGGUGUAACUUUCAAGCUAUCAAGCUAUUGUUGAAGGUUUGAACCCCCCCAGUAAGAGAUGUGUGGGGGGUACUUUCAAAGUCUUUCUUAGUAAGAAAGACCUUGAAACCUGCCUUGUUUGUGAGGUGGUGUUGUGCCUUAUGGUAUGUUAUUCCAUAUGAUUAUUCCUGCAGGCCCAUAAGUUUUUUAGGCCCUCAAAUUGUUUGUAGGUCCUAGGCACGGUACUAACAGUGUCUGUUGGAUAAUCUGGCCUUGUCUCCAUCCACCUAAAAGGAUAUCACACUUGAGGAUUGAUCCACUGAUGUCAGCAACAAUUGUCCACAACUUCCAACCAUCCAUGCCACCCGUGCUGAACAGCUUGCUGUUUGUCCUAAAUUAAAAAAGACCCACACAUAGAAAUGGAUGCUGCCAUUGUUAUGUACAUGUACCAACCUACAUUAACUUACUACUACGUGCAGCUAAGUAGGAUCUCUUUUACAGUCAAGAGCAUUUUUCAUACUGUAGAGAGCGGGUUGUUUUGUUAACAGUAAUGGACUUACUGUACUCAUUUUACAAUUCUUUUAAAAAAUUUAAUCGUCAAAUCUCUUUCAUCUACAUCCUGUAUAUUUUUAACUGCAUUCCUACCAACAUCCUCACUUUAUAAUACAGAUUCAAUAAAUUUUAAUGUGUAUUGUACAUAUUUUUUUUUAAGUUAAGAGAGCAUGAGUGAUAUACAUUUUUUGUUGAAAACAAAAUGUAAGGAUGUUUAAUUUUGAAUUUUGUAGACAAGACAGGUUGAAGUCUCUUGUGCAUUUAGCAGAUUAUUUCAUUUUUUUCAUGGCCCAACUGUGUAGCAUCAUUGCAGGAUAUUCCAAGAGGUGGAUGUGAUCAUUUUGAUUCAAACAAAGGAUAACUGUGGUAACUUUAAUGACCUACCUCCCAGUUAUGGAUCACUCUUUUCCCAGGCCGUUAGUAAUCUUACAUGCAUGUGAGGAUUUGGUCAUACAAUCAAAAUCAAGAGUGUCUGGAUUUUGGAUUUUGAUCCACUUUUUUUCCAAGCACUGCCUGUAUUUGUGUGCAGUUUAUUAUCCAUGAACCGUUGGAGAUGCCAUUCUUCAGGCCUUUUAAAAGAAAUUUUCAAUUGGGGGCAAUUUUGUCAAAAAUGUGGUGGACCCUUGGCAGGGUCUGUGCUUUAUAGGAUUUAACACUCACACAAGUCAAACUGGAAGCCCCAAAAUGUGGCACAUUUUUCCAAACGCAGUUUGACAGUUUUCAUUGAAAAACUGUGUUGAACUAAAAAUGUCUUAAUGAGAGUAUAUUAUGGCAAUCUUCAGAUCUGGGGCCAAUUUCAUAGAGCUGCUUAAGCACAAAACUUGCUUAAGCCUGAAAAAACCUUGCUUGAUAAAUCAGG